UAAACCAAACCUUGUAGAACAAAAUAAUACUAAAUUAAAAAGUAAAGAAAAAUGGAGGUGCAGAUAGUGAAGCGCUUGUAAUUUUAGGUGAAAAAUGUGCUUUCAAGGGCUGCAUGGGAUUUUGAUUUAGAAGUCCAUAUAGAAAAGUUCUUCGCUGGUGCCCUUUGUAUUAGUGAAAAGACUUAAUAUUAAUUCUCGGUUGUUUCAAUACACUCCUAGUAACGCGGGUUAUGAUUUGUUUUUUAUCUAGUGAUAAAUAGGUAAAUGUAAGAUGUGAUACUUUUGGACUCGAUUUUCUGUAGUGCAGUUGCGAUAGUGUAGGGUUACGAAUGAAACAGCAAUGAUACUUGACACGAUAUGAAAACCCCGAUUCCUGCAUGGAUUAGCGCUGCCUUAGUUACAUUCUUGCUUGUUUCAACUCUCGGUUAUGAAAGGCCAGUUCGAACACGUCACCCUCACAACGGGGUCGUUUCUCAGCAUUAUCGUUCGGUAAGGGCAGCCCUUCGAUCCGGUCGAUCGUUCGAUACCACCCCUAAAAACUCUGAUUCGGACGCGUCGUCCAUCACUCGAAUCUAUUCGGAACAGCACGUUAAAUUAACACUCGAAUGUACCGUGAACGUUAAUUUUACAACGAGCGUGUGGCUGAAAGAAGGCCAAGUAGUCCAGACCAUCCUUAAGGACAAUAUUAACAAUAAAAGGGUUAGCGGGCAUCGGUUUCUUUUAGAUAAUCGCGGAAAUUUGAUUAUCGACAAUGUGAGACUCGAAGACGACGGAAAAUGGCAGUGCGAGGUGGAAGAUAUGGGCUUCGUGGUAGCCGGGAAACCCAUUCAAUUAACGGUCCUUGGUUAUGAAAGGCCAGUUCGAACACGUCACCCUCACAACGGGGUCGUUUCUCAGCAUUAUCGUUCGGUAAGGGCAGCCCUUCGAUCCGGUCGAUCGUUCGAUACCACCCCUAAAAACUCUGAUUCGGACGCGUCGUCCAUCACUCGAAUCUAUUCGGAACAGCACGUUAAAUUAACACUCGAAUGUACCGUGAACGUUAAUUUUACAACGAGCGUGUGGCUGAAAGAAGGCCAAGUAGUCCAGACCAUCCUUAAGGACAAUAUUAACAAUAAAAGGGUUAGCGGGCAUCGGUUUCUUUUAGAUAAUCGCGGAAAUUUGAUUAUCGACAAUGUGAGACUCGAAGACGACGGAAAAUGGCAGUGCGAGGUGGAAGAUAUGGGCUUCGUGGUAGCCGGGAAACCCAUUCAAUUAACGGUCCUUGAUCCCCCUGAGAAACCCUACCUCCUAAUAGACAAUAGGAUCCUAGAUCCGGGUAAUUUGUUCAUUCCGGUUAAAGAAAAUUCAGAUUUGACCGUAUCGUGCGUGGUGGACGGUGGCAGCCCGAAGCCGACGUUAUCAUGGGAAUUGGCUCUCGGAUCUUUGUCACUUCUCGACGCUCCGGAGGUCCCUUACCAAGCUCUCAAUUUCACCGAAACAGUACGAGAACAACGCGUCGGCGCUCGCAGCGAUGUGCGUCUCGAAAGCGUCAUGAGGGUCCACCAUAAUGCAACACUCACGUGUCUCGUACAUCAUGUUGCCUUAGAACAGCCCCUAAACGUGUCGUUACUGCUUGAUGUCCAAUACACGCCGUCGUUCGCCAUUUCCCGCGAUCCAGGUUUCGGCAUUCCGAUCAGGGAAGGAAUGGCUGUAUCAUUAAAAUGCGACGUCGACGCAAAUCCCCGCGCCGCUCCAAUUUGGCAAAAGGACGACAGCAGUCCGCCUGUUCAACAAACACCUGAUGGCUUCUUAAAUUUUACCGAAAUACUAAGAGAACAUAGCGGAUGGUACAAGUGCAUUGCUCGUCACUUGCUCGGAAAAUUUUCCAGCAUCGGCUAUUUCCUCAACGUCAGAUCAAACGCAGACGUGACUCAAGAACCAGAAUUUGACGUGAGAGAAUUAAGUUCGACUGGAAGACAAAUGGACGUCGAUUUAGGCGGAGCUGUUCACUUGUCUUGUCCUCCAGGCACGUCCGGGUGUUGGACGCAUUUGGACACCGAGACUGGCCGAUUGGAGCCAUUAGGUGCCUCUCAGGACCUCAAGAUUGAUCACAUCCUCUAUCAGGAGGCGGGCGAGUACAGUUGCGUUGUACCGAAAAAGUCGCCAGGCUCGAAGAAUAAGAAACUCGACGCCCUGCGGAAAGCCCUCUCAGUUAAUAUAGCCGUGACAGGUCGGCCUAUAGUUUUCCCUAGUAAUAGAAGCAUCACGGCAAUUUAUGGGCAACCGUUAAAACUUACGACGGAUUUUUGCGCCAACCCCUCAUAUACGAAGGCGAUGUGGAUCACCAACGACAGAGUAUACAAACCUGGAGAGUCAGAUCAAAAAGCAAUUGCUCACAGCAUAACGAACACAUCAACUCCGAACUGCCAUCAAGCUUCUUUGUAUUUAAUGAAAGUGACUACUAAGGAUGUGGGCGAAUAUUCGUUUAUUGUGAGGUCAGUCAACGGGUUGGGCGAAGGGGUUUUUAUCGUAAACCUGACUUAUGCAAGCGGUUAUAGCGUAAACUUGCCCUCGUCGAAUGCCAAACGAAACACGGCUUCACUCUACCUUUAUUUAUUCGUUAUCAUUAUAAUGAUAAUAAAGGAAUGUUAAAAGAAAGAACUGAAGUUUUAGCUCAAUGUAAGUAAUUUUAAAACCUACCCACCAAAUAUGCCGUGAAUAAUAUAAAAAGCGAGAACACUGAAUCCUCAAGUGAGGAGUUUCAUUAUUUUUGAAAUGAACUGUACAUCAUUCAAAGAUAUUUAUAAAAUAAAAUUCGUUCAAUGUAAGAACCGCUGGCGACAAUUAAUGUAAACGUUUUGUAACAAAUAUAUACUUUAUAAUGAAGAUUAUUUACUGUAAUAAUUAACUUGAUAGAAUUGUAUAGCUUUCAUUACGUAAUAAAAAAAGUCUUCACUGUUCUUACAUUGAUUAGAACAUUCUUAACCAAAUGAAUGUGUUUUUCCAGAUACAUAACACAACCACACAUGUACCGUACAUAUAAUAUAGUUUUUUAUUGUUUUGCUAAAAUGUGUAAAAAAAAUGUUUUAAUAGCGAAAGCUUUAUGUACAUAUAUAACUGUAUGUGUAGGGAAAAAAUGAAGAGAAUUCGUCCAACUGGCUGGAUAUAUCUACUUUCUUGUUUUAUUUACAAAAUUAUUUUGUAUGAAGUUAUUAAUAAAGAAUGUCGAUAAUA